AUGCCAUCUGCAGGUCACACCGGGAUCAACAUGUCGCCCCUCGGCCACCAGCGUUUACUCCUCGACAUCCGGGAGAUGAUAGAACAGCCGUAUCCGAACAUUACUCUCAUCCCCGAAGACCACGAUAUCCGGUCAGCAUGUUUGGUCCUGACACCUGAUAAUUAUGAGCCGCUCCAUCUCACCGUCAGAGUUGGGGACCAGUAUCCUCUGAAUGCGCCAGAGGUAUCCAUGGACUCAGAUAUCAUCCACCCAAAUGUAUUUGGAGACUACAUCUGUGCGACCAUCUUGAAUACGUCGGACGGAUGGACCCCGGCCUACACGCUCAAGGGCACCGCGAUUCAACUACUCAGUUUCUUCGACAGCGAGAGCCUCGAGCGGGACUACGGAGGAGGACGACAAGACUUGGCUGAUUAUCAAAAUGUCGACGCCAGGUACCUGAAAGAGCCAUACAAGUGCAACAAAUGCCACUUUGGCUCUACAUACCUGCAGUCAAUACGGCCGCGACAGGCUACCUCACGCGCUUAUGAUGCGCGCGUGGACGCCAUUCCCGAGCAGUGGCCCAUCUUGGGCGAAGUUGUUACGCCCCCGAAAGGCUCUCUGGGGCGAACGUCGAACAUCUCGCGGGUCACGGAUGGCACACAGCAACUUGACUCCGACGGGCCGCCCAGUGCAGUAUUCGCCAUGAACAAAUUACCCAACGAGGUCCUACUGCUGAUCAUCGACCACCUCGAGGACUUCAAGCACCUGACUACCUUCGCCAGCGCCUGGCCUAGAGUCAGCGCAAUCGUCCGUGACUUCGAUGUCGUCCGGCAGCGGGAACUGCAAUGUUUCUGCCUCAAGCAGGGAUACCAGUCCGCCGGGCUCGGCGUGGGAGUUGACGUCAAUCGAGGCCAGCUCUCAUCCGAGUUCGAGCUUCUGUCCCGACAGGCCUACCGAGAGCUGAGCGUCCGCUGGUCAAUUCACCAUGUGCCCUUCCAAUACUGGCUGCCUCUGCCAAUCUCCCGACGACACUGGGGCAAAGUGAAGGGCGAUCUCAAGGACUUCAAGGACCAGGUGAAUCCGCAUAUCAAGAGCGCAACGAACUCCGAUGCUCGAUUCUUGUUCACCUUCAUGAACGAUAUCGUGGUCAGGCUGAAUGAAGUCGCGGUCGACACGGGCUACGAGAUCGGAAGACACGCUAAAAAGAAGAGUACCCUUCUCCAUGCAUCAGAAAAGGCCAUCGAGUCCUACUUCCACCUCUUCCACCUGCUCGUCUGCCUAGCCACCGAGAACCCCUCCGUCGUGCAACAGGCCAACCAGCUGCUGCAGAACUUCGCCGCUGGCAAGCAGUCCAAGACCGACUGCCCCAACCUCGGCCACCUCCUCAUCGCCCUUCUGAUCUCCGACGUCGAGGUGACCGAGGCGUUGACCAAGUCCAUCGUCACUGAGGCCAUCACCCGCAACGUCGUCUGGCUGCUGAACAGCAUGCCGGAGCUGUCGUUCAUGGAGAGGCAGAGCGUGUCGCCCUACCGCCUCGACAAGACGUUUCAAGGGUCGCGUACCUCCUACCGCCUACUCAUGUUCUCGGAGCUAUUCCGGCGGACUGCGCGGCCCUCCCACCAGAAGCCCCUGACCCAAGUGCGCGACGAGCUCUUUGAGCGCCACGGCGCACCGCCGCGCGACGCAGCGGCCCGUCUGGCGUCUGAGGUGCGACGUCUGCACACUAUCAAUGACUUCCCGGCCUUCAUGAAGGAGAUGGGCAUUCGCAAAGCGCCUGCCCCAGACAACUUCACGGACGUGCUGCGCAAGACCGUCGAUGCCAGCAUGCGCAAGGGGUAUUCCCGACCGGGGCUGACACAGGACGACGCCAUGCUCUUGCGCCAUCAGAGGGACCCCGAUCUGUUGCUGACGAAUGCGCAGAAGGAAGCGGUGGGUAACUACCGGUACAUCAAUGUCAAUCUGGAGCGGGUCAGCUUCUUUCCUGGAGGUCGAGGUCGUGGUGGAUUUCGCGGAGGACGCGGAGACGGCCGUGGACGAGGAAAUGGAAAUGGUGGCCGAGGUGGUCCGAUGCCUAGAGGUAGAGGUGGUUACAGUAGAGGCUUUCUUGGAGGAUACUAG